AUGGGGAAGAAGCGGUUUGGUGUUGCAGUGGCUGUUGCAUUCUUAGCCUUGAUUCAUUUUUCAGUCUCAGUUCCUUUCGUAAUGCUGCAUGGGAUUUCAGCUGACUGUUCUGAUGAAACAAACUCCAACUUCACACAGCUUCUCAUUAACCAAUCUGGCUCUCAAGGCUUUUGCUUAGAAAUUGGAAAUGGAGAAGAAGAUUCAUGGUUCAAACCACUUACUAAACAAGUCGAAAUAGUGUGUGACCAAGUGAAGGAAAAGAAAGAGUUGCAUGAAGGAUACAACAUAGUUGCAAGAUCUCAGGGGAAUCUAGUUGCUCGAGGGCUGAUCGAGUUCUGCGAUGAUGGGCCUAAGGUUUACAACUACGUAUCUUUAGCAGGCCCUCAUGCUGGAAUCUCAUCUGUUCCUUUCUGUGGUGUUUUUAGUAAUGGUGUCUUGUGUGACAAGGCAGAUAACCUGAUGGAGACGUUAGGUGUCUAUACCGAAACCGUUCAAAAUCUUGUAGCUCCUAGUGGUUAUGUCAAGAUCCCAAAGGAUAUCGCAGCGUACGUGAAAGGUUCUAAGUAUCUACCGAAGCUUAACAAUGAGAUACCAAACCAAAGAAACGCAACUUACAAAGACCGUUUCUCCGACUUAGACAACUUAGUUCUUGUCAUGUUUGAGGACGAUAAGGUUAUUGUUCCAAAAGAAUCAUCUUGGUUCGGGUUUUACGGGGAUAAUGCAACUGCAGAAGAACCUGUUCUCCCUGCUAGCCAGACACAGCUCUAUACAGAGGACUGGAUCGGUCUGAAAACGUUGGAUAAUGCUGGAAAAGUGCAGUUUGUGAGUGUACCUGGUCAACACGAUGUAAUGGCAAUUCCCGAUGUUAUGAAAUACGUUGUGCCUUAUCUCCAAAACAACUCGUCUUCCGUACAAAGACUCAACUAG